AGAAACCCUCAAACAAUCACCGCAUAUCACUUGGAUGUUAUUCAAAAGCGAUCACUAUCUCUGCAUCCAUCGUUCUCAGCUACGUGUACGACUCCACCAUGCGCCACUCUUCCGCCGCUGCCGCCGACUACCUGUACGGCUGAAACCAAAAUUAUUCCUUGCCGGCGACGGUGCUUGCUCCGGCUUUGUAUGCAGCCAUGUCGAGAUUUUUAAGCUAUGGAAAUGCUAGGAGGGUUGCGCAAUCAAUUCAUUCAAACUGGAAGAGUAGCUUCCGGGAAUCGAAUAAUAACGUGGUGCAUCCUAAAGUUGAGUUCCCUUUCUCACUAUAUAGGCUAUACUCACAGUUUAAACAUUCACUUAGAGAAGAUACUAUGCCUUUUACAUUGUACAAAGUAAUGGAAAGAUUAUCUAAGAGUUAUCAGCCCCAGAGCUUUCAGGCACUUUCGCCUAGCUAUUCAUUCUCGGUCAAACCACAAAUUACUUGGAAGAGGCUUUUUCAAGUGUUUUACUAUGAUGGUCCAGCUUCGACACCAAUAAGUAGAAUUGCCCGUGCAGCGAGUCUAGCUUUAAGUAGGUCGAACCACAUAGCUCCUGGUGUUAUUGCAUUCUUACUCGGAGAGUUAGCUUGGACCCAGCCGAAAUGGGCAGAGGCAGAAGGCUUCUCCACAAAGGAUUCUCUUUAUAUGCAAGCACAAGAUGGGCAUAUUUAUUUGGCAUCAUUUGUAUUUUUCCUUUUGGAAUUUGUAAUUUUGUUAUACAGAGCUAUCUAUUUAGUGAUUUUGUUUUUACCCAGCAUAGCAAUGGCUCCCUUUGUGGAUUCUCUGGGUUCUGAGUUCAGAAAAAAAUGGAUUCAUAUUCUCCACCAUACACUGGAAAAAGCAGGCCCAGCGUUUAUAAAAUGGGGUCAAUGGGCUGCAACUAGACCAGAUCUGUUUCCCAGAGAUAUUUGCAAUGUACUUGCUGAACUUCAUACGAAAGCUCCAUCACAUAGUUUCUCUUUCACAAAGAAGUCCAUUGAAAAUGCAUUUGGUCGAAAGUUAUCUGAAAUCUUUGCUGAUUUUGAAGAGGAACCGUUGGCAUCUGGAAGUGUUGCUCAAGUUCAUAGAGCAACAUUAAGGUAUAGAUAUCCUGGUCAGCAGAUCAAGCCCAUCGUAGUUGCUGUAAAGGUUCGGCAUCCUGGGGUUGGUGACGCAAUUAGAAGGGACUUUAUGAUAAUUAAUUCUGUAGCUAAAAUUUCAAAGUUCAUUCCUACGCUGAAAUGGUUGAGAUUGGAUGAAAGCUUACAACAAUUUGCUGUUUACAUGAUGUCUCAAGUUGAUCUUGCUAGGGAAGCUGCACAACUAAGCCGUUUUAUCUACAACUUCCGAAGAUGGAAGGAUGUCUCAUUUCCGAAGCCACUAUACCCAUUGGUGCACCCCGCGGUUCUGGUAGAGACUUUUGAGCACGGAGAAAGUGUUUUGCACUAUGUGGAUGAGCUUGAGGGACAUGAACAGAUUAAAAGUUCCCUAGCUCACAUUGGAACACAUGCACUUCUAAAAAUGCUUUUGGUAGAUAAUUUUGUUCAUGCGGACAUGCAUCCUGGAAAUAUUCUUGUCCGUAUAAAAGAUAGACGAACACAUAACCAACUCUUUAGUUCAAGGCCUCAUGUUAUCUUACUUGAUGUGGGCAUGACAGCUGAACUCUCUGGUACAGAUCGUUUGAACUUACUGGAGUUUUUUAAGGCUGUUGCCCUUCGAGAUGGUCGCAAUGCUGCUGAGUGCACACUUAGAUUAUCUAAAAAGCAACGUUGCCCCAAUCCAAAGGCUUUCGUGGAGGAUGUUGAGAAAUCUUUCGAUUUAUGGGAUUCCCCAGUUGGCGAGUCUAUCCACCCAGGUGAAUGCAUACAGCAACUGCUUGAGCAUGUUAGACGUCAUAAAGUCAACAUCGAUGGAAAUGUUUGUACUGUAAUUGUUACCACAUUGGUUCUCGAGGGAUGGCAGCGGAAGCUCGAUCCUCAGCUGGACGUGAUGCGCACGUUGCAGACUUUGCUAUUUAAAGUUGACUGGGCUGAAUCUCUAUUUUACACCAUUGAAGGACUUGUUGCACCUUAAAAGGACUCUGUUCAUCUCCUCUAUCAUUUUUACCCAAAGUUUUGAUGGCCAGGUAUGGCAUUAACAUGUUACAAUAAUUAGAAACCUAUCGUUCAGUUUCAAGUUCGGGUUCGAGUUUCGCCA